GUAGCCUGGGCCGUCUCUGUCCAUGUCUAUAUGCUCGUCUACAAUCCGAGCAAUAUCGCGCUCCCGCAUCCAAUCUAAGACGCUUCUCCCAUUCCUAUACCAAACAACUACUAUCCAGCAAUGGAGACCACUUGCUCGCCGCAACAUUGCCUCGCGAUCGAACAACGGAGAUGACAUCCCCUUCGAAGACGAGAGUCUGCCCCCAGCUAUCGAUCAACCAGAGCCAGCGCGUAAGACUACCAUAACAGGAUCAGAGCGCGCAGCUUUCGAGAAACUCUACAGGACCUUCAACACCGAAGGACGGCCGAAAAAUGACAAGGAGCAUGUCGUGGAGCUCGAUCAGAUAGCUGACGAGUACUAUGAGGACGAAGAAGAGGGUCCAUCGCAGUCGCUGGACAAGGUCUUCGACGAAGUUUUCAAGGGCCAGCCGCGUUUGCGCGGGUCGCGUAACAGCCAUGUGAGGCCAAAGUUGGAGAAGACAAAAUUGGGACAGGAGGUGCAAGCCUCAACCGAGGAUGCGUCAAGCAAGAGGACAAGCAAGGCGCAAGAUAAGGAGGAUGCCAAAGCGGAAGUAGCAAGGCUCAGAGAGCUCAAACUCACCGAGCGAGCGAGGAUCGACAAGCUCCUCAAGGAUUCACAGACUGACCGAGAGCUCUGGCAAAUCCUCAAACGCGAAGUACUUAGCCAGGUUCGCAAGCUAAAUCUAGACGGGACGAUAAAGGGCAAAGAAACUCAAGGCAGCAAGAACGGCGGCACUUCUGACCUACGCAUCCUGUUCCAGAACUACCCGCACCACCUUAUUACCGCCGUCCAGACCCUCCGCAAAACGUUCCCUUCUUCGCCCCUCCCCCUCUCCAUCCUACCUACCAUCAAGUCCCUCGGGCGCUCGGCCUACGCCCUCGGUGCCACCACAACUCUAUACAAACACCUCCUCCGCACAGCAUGGCUCCAACAAUCAUCAUACACAUACAUCGACACGCUGCUCGUGGACAUGGACAACGGCGCCAUCGAAUUUGAUAGCGACAUUCUCACUCUUCUCGAUUCCGUCAUCAAAGAGCACGAAAUGGCACGGGGUGGCAGAUUAGGCAGGGAGAUGCAGAUGGUGUAUGGCAUGGAGCAGUUCCUAGGGGGUAUCAGAAAACUCCAACAGUGGAGGGAUGUGGUAGCAGAUCGAUUAGGCGUAGCGCCUGAGGAGAGGAGGGUGCCACAGCAAAGAAUUGUCAGGAAGGUGGAUUACGAGAACAAAGGCGUGGAUGCGGAGAGGUUUAGAAGACCAGGACCUAACUCAGGUAUCACUGACGGGAGCUUAGCAACGAACCGUGUCCAGGAAGAUAUACCGCUUGUCGAGGGACUCGAUGAUGCGGAUCAAGGCGCGCAGGAAUCUCAGGUGGAACACGUCCACACACAAGAGCUGCGUGAUGCGGAACUCCUCAUUCAAGACAUGGGCCUGGCCGAUGCGAAACAGGGCAGAAUAAACGAGCCGCUCCACAAGCACCACCAGCAUACUGAGAAGGACACCAGGGAUACCGACAAGGCCGCAAAGAUCUUUCUCUAG